GUCGCCAUGUUUACCACCAUGGUCACCACGGGUUUACGACAUUUUUCCAGUGGGCAGCAGUCGAUUGCAGCCCAGAGGACAUGUUGCGUCUGGCCGUUAUGGUCGCACUCGUGGCUACUACUGACCAACCUGCGGCGGCCCUAGAUGCAAUCCUUGUGAUCGAGGAGAGGUGUGGUUUCCUGCCGCCUGAGCUGAAGUUGGCUAAGGCCAUCCUCCAGAUACCUUCGCCUGAGCUCGAGCCUUUGAGAUUGUCCAACAUCGCUGACAUUGAGGUCCUGUCAGAGAGCCUUGUGAGCGUGGCUCGGUCCAUUUCUGCUCCUAUGGUAGCUACAUUUUCUCGUGACAAUUGAUAAGAAAAAUUAACCGAGAGAGAGGAAAAAAAAUAUAAAAUUUUCUUAAAGAUUU